UUCUCACGUUUGCUCAUUUUCUUGUUGCAGCCCUCGUGGAUGCGAAGUCGAGAAUAUUGGGACGACAGUUUUGAGGCGCGUUUCGCGGAGCUGCGGAAGGAUCCGACGAGACCGCCGUUAAAGGUUAUCCUUGUGCCUCACAGUCACACCGAUCCGGGAUGGCUGAAGACAUUCGAACAAUACUUUCACAGUUCCACGAGAAGCAUCCUGAAUAAUAUGGUCUCGAAACUGCAGCAAUGGCCGAACAUGACCUUUAUCUGGAGCGAAGUAUCAUUUCUAUCGCUGUGGUGGGACAGUGCUCACCCGACGAAGAAGAUGGUCGUGAAAAAAUUAGUCAAGGAUGGUCGACUAGAGAUGACCACCGGAGGAUGGGUAAUGACCGACGAAGCGACUACUCACAUUUACGCCAUGUUGGAUCAACUCAUUGAGGGUGAGUACUUGAACUUUCUCACAAACUCAACGUAUAUAAAAAUACAUAUGAUUAAAUAAAAUAAGUAGUAAAA